UAGAAACUAUGUACAUAUAUAUAUACCAAAAAGACAACUCUUCUAUAGUUGGACCGUGGACGGUGCCAAAGUGUAAAACAGAUUGUCCACUUUCGUGUCAAUAACACAAUUAUUUGAAAACACCAAUCAAACUUGUCAUGGUUUUGCAAGUCCAAAAGACCAAAAGGCCCUAUUCUUUGUCUACAUAAAGCUCACAUGCAUCUCUCUCUCUCUCUCUCUCGUUCAUAAUGAGAUAUUAAGAUCAACAAAAGGAAAGAAUGGCAAAAGCUAUGGAGCUUUGGGUGGGAGAGAUGAAGAAGAUGAGUGAGAAGAUAAACACUAGAAAUCCAUUGAUGCAAAGGAAGAAUUCAACAUCUGUUGUGUCCAAACAACAACAAGGAUCAGAAGAAGAAAGAGGACUUAUUAACCAAAAGAUUAGAGAGAAAAAUGAAGCUGUAACUAUGUCUGAGCUCACUGUUUGUCUUCUCAUGGACCGUUUUGUUCCUUGGUGAUCUUUCCAUACCCAACUACUUCUAGAUCUCUUCUUUGGUGAUGUGUAUAUAUAUAUCUAGAAACUACAUGUAGUAUGUCUAUAUAUCAGAUUUUGUUUGUGCAGACCAUGUUUUUAAGUUUCCUUGUAAACCUGUGAAAGUAAUGUGUUUGAGAAACAUAUUUUUAUUACUUUAAUCAAUAGUGUUCAAUUAUUAUUAACCGGGAUUUAUAUGAAGAUGGAACUUUCUAUUCACUCUGUAAUUAGGAACAUUCGCAUCAUUCAGUAAGAAAUAAAACAAG